GUUCCUCUUCGCGGCCGCCGCCCCUUUCCGUUGCCCUUUCGCACCCCAAACCACAGCCCCACCUCCUACUCGGUCUUCGGCGGGGACGCUGCUCCGGGCGCCGGGGCCUGAGAGCGGCCGCGCGCGGCCCUGCUCGCGGGGCCACCCUUCUGCCGCGCUGGUUGGCGGCUCGGGGCCACCCCUCCGCCCGGGCAGGCCGCGUCCUCCGCCCAGCGGAAAGUUUUGUGUGUGUGGAGGAAGUUGGCUGGGGACGCCACCGAGAAAGCAGCUCCCGAGGCUGCAGGGGUCCGGGCAGCCAUGGAGGAGCCCCCUUUUCGAGAGGAGGAAGGGGAGGAAGAGGAGGAGGGGGACGAGGCUGGGCCGGAGGGGGCUCUGCGGAAGAGCCCCUUCCAGCUGACCGCCGAGGACGUGUAUGACAUCUCCUACGUGAUGGGCCGCGAGCUAAUGGCCCUGGGCAGCGACCCCCGGGUGACACAGCUGCAGUUCAAGGUCGUCCGCGUCCUAGAGAUGCUGGAGACGCUGGUGAAUGAGGGCAACCUGACGCUGGAGGCGCUGCGGAUGGAGAGGGACAGCCUCAGGAAGGAGGUGGAGGGGCUGCGGGCUGAGGGCGCGGCGGCCGGUCCGGAGGUGAACCUGGGACCAGACAAAAUGGUGAUUGACCUGAGAGAUUCCAACCGACCACGCUUCACCCUGCAGGAGCUGAGGGAUGUGCUGCAGGAGCGCAACAAACUCAAGUCUCAGCUGCUGGUGGUGCAGGAAGAGCUGCAGUGCUACAAGAGUGGCUUGCUUCCACCAAGAGAAGGCCCAGGAGGAAGAAGAGAAAAGGACGCUGUGGUUGCCAGGGUCAGCAAUGCCAGCAGCAACAAGGAGGAGAGGACCAUCAUAAGGAAGCUGUUUUCUUUCCGAUCAGGGAAGCAGCCAUAGGUCUCAGGCCAAUUUAGGCAGUGGUUCUCAGACUUGAGAAGACAACUCACCAAGACUUCCAGAGCUGUCUCUCAGGGUCCGUACACACAGUGCCUGCUCAUCUGCCCCCACCGAAACCGUUUGAGGAGGAAGAAGGUGAGGUUGUCUCAUGAUCACUUUCACCCUGGCUGCAGAACUGGAUGCCCUCCGAGGGCUUGGCCAGAGCAGGUGAAGUAGCACAAAGAAAUCAAGGAAGCAGAGGGAAAGCACAGUAGGGCCCACCACUUGCCCCACUUCAGCAGUUCAGAGGGGCCUCCAGCGUGCAGAUAUGUAUUCUCCUCAUCUGGUCCCACACAUAACAUCUUUACCGCAUAGCAGCAAAAUACAUCAGCCCAAAGAGGGAGGGGGAAGAGGACACAGGAAAUGUGGCAUUGACAUUCCAGUGCUGAUUUCACUGAUAUUUAGUGAAUAUCUCAUCUUUUUGCUAACAUGACUUUAUGUGAUUUUGUAUUAAAGUAAAAUGACUUUUAUACUUUA